UUCAGGCAGAGGACAAAGCAUCUCAUUCUCGUGCUUUUCCCGGUAUCUCAACAUCAUCUCCACUCUGUUCAUCUUCCAUUGAAAGCCUUUGAAUUCUUACAAUCCUCAACGUCCGGUUUCUCGUUGGAGCUCUUCCUAAUCAGCUAUUGCCCGUUCAAUUAAAUGUCGGGCACAAUCGUUGAGGACUCACGGGACCAAGUGCUUGCUGAUUGUCCAAUUAAAAAUGAUGUUGAAGGUGAAGGUUCUUUUAAAGAUAUGAUAGAUUCAGAUGUAGGUGAUGAGAAUGCCGUGCCUUCCCCAGAGGAGGAGGAGGAAAUAAUCAAGAAAAAGUAUGGGGGCCUGUUACCAAAGAAGCCUCCAUUGAUUUCCAAGGAUCAUGAACGCGCUUUUUUUGAUUCUGCUGACUGGGCUUUGGGUAAGCAAGGAGCACAGAAGCCCAAAGGACCGCUUGAAGCUCUCCGACCAAAAUUGCAGCCCACCCCACAUCACCAAGGAAGGUCAAGGCGUUCAGCAUAUGCACCUGCGGAUGAUGGUAAUGAAGGGAAUGGCUACCAUAGCGAAGAUCCAGAAGAUGAGAGCCACAAAGUAGAGGAUGGUAACGAGAAAGAUCUUCCUUCGGAGGAGAAAAGCUGUCAGGAUGAGCCGCAUGAUGUUCUGUGCUGAGUCAUUUUGGUCGAACCGGUGUUUUCUUUCCCUUCUGUAAUUGACAAAUUGUAAACCAAAACAGGAGGCAUUUGAACUACAUAAGGCCUUUGAUGAGAGUUGAACCGGAGAGACGGAGUUGCAA